AUGGAGGUGGUUCUGGCUGAAGAGAUGGAAGUUGAGAUAGAGGUGGAGAUGGUGGAGGAGAUGGAGGUGGAUGUGGAGUUGGAGGUGAAGGUGGAGAUGGACACGCCAGCAGCAGGACAGGCGCAUGCUCCUCAUCCCCUGCCCGCAUGGAGGCCGCGGCCAAAGCCGCUCAUUAGCGGCGGCCGGGGCUGGAGCCCUCCCCGUGUAGGCGGGCGGGGAGCGCUGCCGGCCAUAGGGGUACGGGCACCGGUACCGGCAGCAGCGGGGCUGGAACCCGACCCGAGCCCGGACGGAGCCGCCGGCGGGAUGGGCCGGAGCCGGGGCACGGCCGUGCUGCUCCUCGCCCUGGGGCACCUGGCUGUGCUGCUGGCAUCGGGUACCGCCUGCGCCAGUGUUUACCAGGGCUUCUCGGACUGCGUCCUCAAGCUGGGGGAAAACAUGGCCACAUACGAGGAGGCGGAUGGCAUCGAGCUGCAGGGGUUGCAUCAAGUCUGUGGGUACUGGGAUGAAUUUCACACGUGUGCCCUGACAGCGCUCUGGGAGUGCCAGAAGGAAGCAGCAGCCAUCUGGGAUAUGCUGAGAAGGGAGUCUCGAAAAAUCAAAUUUCAAGGCAGUUUGUUUGACCUCUGCAGCCCCAGCGCAGCCCAAAGCUUUGCCCGGAUCCAUGUUCCCAACGUUUCCGUCCUCGGCGUUCCCCUCGUCAUCACUUGGCUGAACUUAUAAACCGCAGCUCUCUAAGUACCGCACAAAGGUGGUGGCAGCGUGUGUCGCGGCAUCUCUCUGAUCAUUUUUGCAAACCUUGGAGGAAUACACUGUGCGAUGCUCAGCAAACACUUGGCUCCAUCCCGUGCCUAUGAGAUGCAGAAGAGCUUGGCGGCAUCUCCUGGGUUUUGCUGUUUCUCUGUAAUUUGGAAUAGCGUCUGUCCCCUUCUGCCCCGAGGCACAGGUGCAGAUCUGGCUGACUGCAGAAUUUGGGAACCUGUAGAUACAGGACAGAGGAUUUGGGAAAAAAUCAGAAAUUAGUUGCAAGCACUGGAUUAUUUUGCAAUCUUCUAUGCUACUGGAAUGAAACCUGUUUGCUGAUUCUUUCCUCCAGAUUUUUUUAUUUGGGCACUGAAAACAAGGUGGGCAUUUUUACCACUGAUUUGUGAGGUGCAAAGGACAGUGUAUGUCCUGUCAAAGGCAGAAAGGAGUCCUUACCGCCCUGUACUGGCCUCUUUUCUUUGAGGACAUGGUGAAACCCCUGCUGAAGAAUAAUCACAGGUGCAUGACUUCUCCUGCAUGCAUCUGAAUUCCUGAGUAACUCCUGUGUUAUGUGUAAAUCCCUUUUCUAAAGAAAUAGAGGGCAAAAAUAUUUGGGGGGAGAGGGAGUGUCAAUCUAGCAGGACAAAAAGGAUUUAUAACAACUCUUUGGCUUUAAAGCUUUCCCCAAGGUACCUGCAAGCAGCUUGGUGGGUGGCAGCGUGUAAUUCCAGAGUAUUAAACUUUGUUGUAGAGCUUACAGCAUGGUAGAAAUUAUUUGUCCCAGCUCUUGUUUGAUAGCGCAGCCUCUUCUUGUCUCCUUUGCAGCUCAGAGCAUUGUUAGUUUUGCAGCUUCAGUACAAAGAUGAAAAUAUUUGCAAUAGAGAGGCACUUGGAAGUGAUUUCUGGCUAAGUUAGAAAAACGCAACGAUAUUACUGGGCAGUACAAGGCAGUUCUGUGUUUUAAGGAUGCUAACGAAGCUCUGUGCCCUGCCUGGGAUAUUUCAGCCCAACUUUUCUAGAUGCAUCACACAUCACUUUGGCUGUUCCCACAGAUUGUUCGGCCCCUGAGCAGGGCACUCGCUUUGUCUUCAGCAGGGGCAGGCAGCUGCGAACAGCGAAGGGUAGCCCCGUGCCGAGCUGGGGAAGCUCCUGGCUCCUCACGGUCCUGACAAAUCUUGAAUGAAGACCUCGCCCUGGUGCUUUGAGCGCUGCCCACUGUGGGAGCAGGCACAGCACUAGAUACCACCAGCAGGUUCUGAAACGGUGUCCCCAAACCUGAAAAUGUGCUUUAAAGUGUGAGCAGUGGACUGGGGGCCCUGCUAGCCCCAGAGAUCCCACUGGAUGCAUUACAGUGUGUGGGCAAGCUUCUCCUACAGCAAAAGAUCUUUUUACCAACGGUGGUGUUGGGCUUUUUCCUGAUGGGCCAUGCUGCUCUCCUUUGCCAUUCGUAUGUUCUUCCUCUACCUUCCUUAUCGCUUAGCACUCUGCUCCUGCAGCAGCUGGAGGGUAUGAAUAAAUUGAGGCAAAUUCCAAGAAAUAAGUCAGGGAGGAGCAGCUGGUGUUCAGACAGCACGAGGUACCUAGGCUUUCUACAGAUGAGAGCUGUUACUUAUGUACUCAGCAUUUCAGGCACAAAGCCUUACGGUAAGUGGUGGAGAAAGGGUAAACCAGAGCACUGCAGAACCUGGAGUGAACCACUCAGCUGCUUUGGUUUUUCUUCUUAUUCUGCUCCAACAGCAGUGCAUGCUGUUUGAUCCUGUUCUCCUCUCCCCUGUUAUCUCUUCUCCUGCCUGUGGUUUGUAGCGGUGGAAAGCUGAAGCAGGUGGGUAUUGUGUACAACCAAGGCUUUUGGAUCCAAAUCCUGUACUUGUUCUUUGUUUAGAAUAGGUGUUUAAUGCCUUUAGGAAAACAAAUAAGCACAGCCUGCAAAACCCCACAGCUUUAGCUUCUCUUUGGAUUUGGCAUCUUCCUCUCUGUUAAAAUUUUCUACUUUUAAAGAGCUUUGGGGAAGGGGAAUGUAAAAGUCUCAAGUCUUUUUUUUUUUUUUUUUUGCAAAACCAUGGAUGCGUGUGGCUAGCUGACACUACUGCUGGCUCUAAGAAGAGCAGGUGUUGGGGCAUAUCUUCCCUGGAAGCAAAUCCCUCAACUAUUGCACACAAAACCCAAAGAUUCAUUAAGAAACAAAGACCAUCUGCCACCAUUCUGAAAUGGAGCAGCAGAUUUUUUUUUUUUUUUAAAGCCAAAGGUGCUCCUAAAUCCAACUGAAAGCAUGUGAGUGGAAAUUAGGCUUCACAGUAUGGGAGUGAUGAGUUUCAGAGGUUCCUUCCUCAAUCAAUAGUUCAUUUUUAGCAGUUCUUCCCUAUGACUAGGAUAAUUACAAUAGCUUUCAUUAUAUAAAAAAAAAAAGUAAUAUACAGAUUCAGUCCUCAAAGGCAAAGUCAGCAGAGUUUCAGAAAGCAUUUCUAAUCCCACAGCAUACUUCAUGCUGAUGCAGCACAGCUCGUUGGAUGUCCCACAGACUCAGUGUUAAAUCCACGUUUGUCAAGCAUUCCUCUCGUGGCCUUGCUCUGAGUGUCUUCAGAUACAAAGCUGUACCCAGACUUCAACCCUCAGCCCUGCAAGGGAGGCUGUGGCGGCAGUUACAGCAUACCUCGUGUGUUCAGAAGGGUGAGGAGGUAAGUGCUCCUCAAUCCAAAGUUUUCAUCCCUCUUCUUACAGGGCAACAAAGAUAGCACCUCUUUAAUAGGGUCUCACAGCAACUCUGGGAUCGGCUGCCCAUUCUCCCUUAAGAAAUGGGAUGAAUGUGGCUUUCCCUCUGCUUUCUUGUAUUUGUUGUAAUUAGUCUUCUAGCUAAGACCACCCCUGAAGAACACAGGAGUUCACACUGCACUUUGGUCUGGUAUUAAGCCUUGAAUUAAACCUGCAAACUUUCCCUGUGCAGGACUGGGUUGUUCUUCCUCAAUAAUAGCAACAAAAAGCAGGAGAGGACAAAAUGACCCUGAAAGAGUCUUAAAAUAAGACUGACACCAAGCCAGUGUUUGUCUGCCCCAAGGCAGAGCAUGCCUUCUGCUCUGCGCACCCAUCCCAAUCGCAGCACAGUCACUGCUCUUUCCUGAAGGAGAUACUGGCACCUACUGGAAGACCAGUUUAUAUCUGGCUGAAGGUGACUGGGAGAAAGGCAAGCAUCCUUAUAUAUCUGAGAAACAAGCAGAUUUUAAGAAGGGAUGAACUGCUUGCUGACUGCGGAGCAGUGUUGCAGGGGAAGCCCUAGGAAGUGACCUGUGGGUGGCCCUGCAGCAAGCGCUGGCUCCUGCCCAGAAAAAAAAAUGUGUGUAAAUUCUUUACUCUGAAAGACCACUGCUGUUCUAAAGCUGUGCUUAAAGGGGUUUGGGUCAGGAAGUGGUCCUGGCAAAAAAUCUCAGAAUAUAAAAAAUUCUGUCUAAAGAAAUAUAACCAGCGAUCCUUCUCUGUAGCAGACCUGCCAGGUAUUGAAAACAUCAGGAUGUUUUCCUGCCUCAUUUUACAGUGCCUGAUUAUGACAGCAGGAAUUGAAAUACAACUCCCCCAGGAACAGAAGUCAAAAGAGCAACUUCAAAGAGUUUAUCAACUUCUGCAUCUCAAACCAUCCCACCACUUUUCAACAAGCUGAAUUAGCAAAUUUAUGCAAAUUAACACUUACAAAUAUUAACAUACAAAGGAAAGUUACUGCAGCAAGAUGCUGCACAGGAGAAAAAUGUGUCUUUAGACCUGGCUUUGCCCUGGUUCAGGAUGGCACAAACUGGCCAUCCCUCGGCAGGAACCAGGCAGGAUGUGGAUCUGCUUGCUUGGGCGGUGGGAUCUGGAGGAGCCACCCAGCUUUGGCCCCUUAGCAGCAAGGCGUUGUCCCUGCUUGCCCACAGGCAAUGGUUAUUUGAAGUGCCUCUAAAUAAAGGCACAUCCUGUUAUUUUGAGAAACAAGCAGCAGUCUCUUGCUUCGCUAAACAUCCCUUGACCAGACCAGACCUGUUCCUGGACUUUGGAAGCCUGACAGGAAGACCCAGACAAGUGGGAAGAGCAGCAUGGCUCCAGGACACCUUUGCAGGCUUCCCCAGGACAGCUCCAACCUUGGCAGAACAUGUGGAGACCCUGGCUU